UGCUUUACACUCUCCAGUUCAGUCACACUCUACUAGUCGGGCGCAGCAAGAGCUUGCGAGCAUAAUAUUAAAAAUCGUAACGUUCAUACAGUGAUAAACCCUCCUGCAAGGGGGUUAGUUGGAAAAAAAAAGAAACACAGCUGAAACGCAUCGGCCGCCGGAGGACAAAAAUAACUGUCAAAAAGCAAAAAAUUGAAAUUUGUUGAUUAAAUAACAAUCAUUCAUUCGGAGUUCACGAUUGGCAUUGUUUUCGAUUACAUUGAGCCAUUAACCAGUGUUUAGUAGUGUUAACUAACUAAUCGUUAAUCGUGUAGUGUUGUCAUAAAAUACAACCCUGUGCGAAAUCAAUGACAUCCUUUUUAUUGUUCGUUCAUUCGUUCGUUUCCUUUCCGUCUCUUCGACGCAACUACACUAGCUAAAACAACAAACCAUUUCCUCUGAGAGCAACGCAACAACGGCUCAGCUCAACGAGUGAUGGCGAAGAAUUAACAGUUUACAUUCUUCACGGCUGUUUCUGCUCUGGCUAGCUGGCUGGCUGGCUGACUGGUGCUGCUGCUGCUGCUGUUGAUUAUUGAGUCUACAUUCACACCCCUAAUCAGAGCGAAAAGUGGAAGUGAAUGGAAUACCCGAAUGAACCAGGACACACACACACGCACUACUAAUACACAAUACACCAGCAGGAAGAAAACUUUUCUCUGAACCGUAAAUAUAUCGUCUCCAAUAAGAUUCCAAUUUAACCCAAAAACAAAAAGAAAAUAAAUACAAAUACAUUCCAUUUGGCAAAUUCGCCACCAAUCCCAUUGGAUUUGGUUAGGGCGAGGGGGGCAAUUGCUCCAGUGUUUUAAUGCUAAUCAGUUGUAAUGUAAUUGUAUUUUGCCACAAAUUUACUUUUCUGUUGUUCUUUUGUAGCUCUGUGUGUUGUUUUUGUGCAAACAAACCUACACACUCACUCAAACACGCACGCACGCACGCACUUGUAUACUGGCUGGUUGGCUUGCUGGCUGACUGACUGACUAGCUGGUUGGUUGGUUGUUUGCCUCGUAUUUCGUCACUCUGGUGUGCUGGAUAAGCCCUGAACCGUUGUUAUCAUCAUCAGGCUGUUGAACUAGUUACGGCAACAAGGGUAAACGAUCGAUUGCAGGCCAGGCAAGCUCACUGAGGGGUUCUAAACCAUGAUUGAUCCCAGCUCCAGCGAGGAUGAGGGUGAUGAUGAUUCAACUGUCCCAAUACAGCCACCGGCUAAGGGCCGCUUGGCUGCUGGUACAUUACCCACCAAACCAAAAGUUGUUGCAGCAGCCGCUGAGACCAGCAAACCAGCUGUGGGUGCGGCUAGACAAAACGGCGACAUACCCCACAAGGCCUCCGACAGUCUAGACAAAUCUCCAGGACCUACAUCGCUGGCAGCAACUAGUGUGGCUAGCAAAAAUGAGCUAACUGCCAACGAUUCUUCCGGUGCUGCUGGCGGUGCCAGCGGCGGUGGUGGUGGUGGUGCUGCCGGCAGUAUAUCCCAGGAAACUCUAAAUCAAAGUGCCGGAUCUUCAUCGCGCGGUAACUCUCUGCCACGACCAAUAUCACCUUCCCCAUCAGUGGCCAGUGAUAAAUAUGAAUCGGGCGGUCAGCAAAAGCCAGGUAUUGAGGAAGAGGAGCGCAAGAAACGCAUACAGCUCUAUGUAUUCGUUUCGCGUUGCAUAGCAUAUCCAUUUAAUGCUAAACAACCCACAGACAUGACAAAGCGACAGCCCAAAGUCACGAAACAGCAAUUGGACUCCAUAACGCAAAGAUUUCAGGCAUUCCUCAAGGGCGAAACCCAAAUCAUGGCCGACGAGGCCUUUCGCAAUGCAGUACAAAGCUAUCACGACGUUUUCUUGAAAUCGGAUCGCGUCUUGAAAAUGGUCCAACAGGGUUCGUGUUCGAUACAGGACUUUACCGAAGUCUUUCGCAAGAAUAUCGAGAAACGCGUGCGUUCAUUGCCCGAAAUUGAUGGACUGAGCAAAGACACCGUUCUGACAUCGUGGAUGGCAAAAUUCGACGUUAUCCUAAAGGGCACCGGGGAGGAGGAUUCCAAGAAACCGGCUCGGUUGCAACAGUCCCUCAAUUCCGAAUUAAUUCUUUCGAAGGAGCAACUGUACGACAUGUUUCAACAGAUUCUGAGCAUUCGCAAGUUCGAACAUCAAAUUCUGUUCAAUGCCUUAAUGUUGGAUUCGGCCGACGAGCAGGCGGCCGCAAUACGGCGUGAGUUGGACGGCCGCAUGCAAAGGGUAAAUGAAAUGGAAAAGAACCGCAAGCUGAUGCCAAAGUUUGUUCUCAAGGAAAUGGAGUCUCUCUACAUCGAGGAGCUGAAAUCCUCCAUCAAUCUGUUGAUGGCCAAUUUGGAAUCUCUGCCAGUUACCAAGGGCAACAUGGACAGUAAAUAUGGCUUGCAAAAGCUGAAACGCUACAAUCACAGCACGCCUUCUUUUUUGAAAAUGAUUUUGCGUUCUCAUGGCUCUCUCUCCAAACUGGAGGGAGACUCAGAGGAAGGCAUUACGCAGCUUUCAAAACUGGAUGUAGUCUUAAGUUUCCAACUGGAAGUGAUAGUAAUGGAGGUGAAGGGCCUCAAGUCAUUGGCGCCCAACCGAAUCGUUUACUGUACCAUGGAAGUGGAGAACGGCGAGAAAUUGCAAACGGACCAAGCCGAGGCCUCGAAGCCCAUGUGGGACACACAGGGCGACUUUACAACGACACAUCCAUUGCCCGUAGUCAAGGUUAAACUGUAUACUGAGAACCCUGGUAUGCUAGCUUUAGAGGACAAAGAGCUGGGUAAGGUGACAAUAAAACCCACGGCCUUGUCGUCGAAAACUCCUGAGUGGCAUCGUAUGGUGGUGCCGAAGAAUCUGCCGGAUCAGGAUUUGCGCAUUAAGAUAGCCUGUCGCUUGGAGAAGCCACCGAAUAUGAAGCACUGCGGCCACUUGUAUGCUAUUGGCAAAUCUGUAUGGAAGAAAUGGAAGAAACGUUAUUUUGUAUUAGUACAAGUCUCCCAGUACACCUUUGCCAUGUGCAGUUACAAAGAGAAGAAGUCCGAACCGUCAGAGAUGAUGCAGCUAGACGGCUAUACGGUCGAUUACAUUGAAGGAGCUAGUGCAAGCCUUAUGUUCGGCACCGAUCUGAAUGGUGGCCGCUUUUUCUUUAACGCUGUGCGAGAGGGUGAUAGUAUUGCCUUUGCCUGUGAUGACGAAAACGAAUGUAGCCUCUGGGUAAUGGCAAUGUAUCGCGCCACUGGCCAAUCACACAAACCGACACCGCCAGUUACUCAGGACAAGAACUCGGCCAUAUCGAAAAUUCAGGGUGAUGCCGACAAGGCACGCAAACACGGCAUGGAGGAUUACAUCAGCGCCGAUCCAUGUUCCCUCGAUCACGCUGUUUUCUUUAAGCUGUUGCAGAAUCUCGCUUUAGAAUAUCGCCUUAAUGAUCAAUACGCUUCCUUAGGUUGGUUCAGCCCCGGCCAGGUGUUUGUGCUGGACGAGUACUGCGCCCGCUACGGGGUGCGGGGCUGUUAUCGGCAUUUGUGUUACCUCUCCGACUUGUUGGAUCGCGCCGAGAAGGAUUUCAUGAUCGAUCCAACGCUAAUCCAUUACUCAUUUGCCUUCUGCGCCAGUCACGUCCACGGCAAUCGGCCCGACGGCGUGGGCAGCAUAACACACGAAGAGAAAGAGAAAUUCACCGAAAUCAAGGAGCGGCUGCGCGUCCUGCUCGAAUAUCAAAUUACCAAUUUCCGUUUUUGUUUUCCAUUCGGCCGACCGGAGGGUGCCCUCAAGGCCACACUCUCCCUGCUGGAACGUGUUCUUAUGAAAGACAUCGUCACGCCUGUGCCCCCCGAAGAGGUGCGACAAAUGAUCAAAAAGAGCUUAGAAUCUGCGGCCUUGGUUAAUUAUACACGCUUGUCAUCGGAAGCUAAAAUCGAAGAAGACUUACGUGGCGAAGUGUCGGUACCGGCAGCGAAGAAGCUAGAGGAUUUAAUCCACUUGGCGGAAUUAUGCGUCGACUUGCAACAGCAGAACGAGGAACACUAUGCGGAAGCAUUUGCUUGGUUCAGUGAUCUGCUGGUUGAACAUGCUGAAAUAUUCUGGUCACUCUUCGCUGUCGAUAUGGACCGCGUCCUAUCUGAGCAACCACCGGACACCUGGGAUUCUUUUCCGUUAUUCCAAAUUCUCAACGACUAUUUACGGGCGGACGACAAUCUGCGAAGCGGUCGCUUCCAUCAGCAUCUGCGCGUCACCUUUGCUCCGCUGGUCGUACGAUAUGUCGACCUGAUGGAGUCCUCGAUCGCUCAGUCCAUCAACAAAGGCUUCGAAAAGGAGCGCUGGGAAAGUAAGGGCAACGGCUGUGCCACCUCCGAAGAUCUCUUCUGGAAACUCGAUGCCUUACAAUCGUUUAUACGUGAUCUGCACUGGCCCGAGCAGGAGUUCCGCCAACAUUUGGAACAGCGUCUGAAAAUGAUGGCCGCCGAAAUGAUUGAACAGUGUAUAGCCCGCACCGAUGCCUCCUUCCAAUCGUGGCUAAAAAAGAACAUUGUCUUCGUGUCCUCAACCGACUACAUUGUGCCGACGGAAAUGUGCGCCAUGGUAAAUGUGAUAUUAAACGCUAAAAAUCAAAGCUUCAAACUGACCACCAUCGACGGAAUUGACUUGUACAAAUUUCACGCUAAAAUUGACGAUCAGCUCGAUAAAGCGAAUGUAGCCAUGACACAAGGCCUGAGUGGCAAACUUAUGUCAGUGCUAGAGUCGACUUUGUCCAAAUUGGCACGCUACGACGAGGGUAGCCUAAUUGGUUCGAUAUUGAGUUUCACGAACGUCUCGAGUUCGGGCAAAGAUCUCGGCCAGAGCUAUGUAAUAUUCUUCCGCAACAACAUGGAACAGAUACGCGGCAAAAUUGGCGACGACUUGUGGACAUUGAAUUUCUUCGAACAAUGGUACACGCAGCAAAUUAAUAUGCUUUGUAAUUGGCUUUCUGAGCGUUUGGAUCACUCACUCCACUAUGCUCAGGUGCAGGCGUUAUCGCAUAUCGUGAAAAAGAUCUAUUCGGAUUUCGAGUUACAGGGUAUGCUAGAGGAAAAGCUGAAUUCGAAAGCAUAUCAAACUGUUGCCCAACGUAUGGCUACCGAAGAAGCGACUUGUGCUCUAACCAUGCCCGAUGUGGCCGAAGGUGAAGAGGGUGUCGAGGAUGGUAGAGCCCUCGACGGCGCCGAAGGCGAGGACGGUGUCGUCGAGGAACCAGGGCCACGCGUUAGAAUGCCUCAGCCAAAAGACGUUACGGCUCAGGCGGCGGCUGUUACCAACGUGGUGGCCGGUCGCGUCGGUAAUCUCCUCGGUAAAGGCAUCGGCGGCUUAAGCUCAAAACUUGGUACUGGCGGUUGGUUCUAAACGAACCAAUAGCGCACCGAUCUCAUUGGCAAAAGGUGGUAAUUGUUUUAGUACUCCCCUUCUGUUUGAGGCUGUUGCUGCUGCUGGUGAUGGUGAUUAGAGUUCGAAUAACGAUGGUGGUAAUAGAGAUGAUACAGGCAGAUGAUGGAUGGAUAGAUAGAUGUAUGGUAUGACCCCAACCCCACCCCGACAAAACACCAAAGAAAAAAAAAACAAAAAAUGCGUUUGGCUAAUAUAUUUUAGACAACAAGAUCAGUUACACAAUAUAUAAAUGCAGCCACACCCACACAGACAUACACACACACAUACACCACCUCUUUCUCUCUGUUUACUUUUCCAAAUGUAACCACAAUAAAAACAACAAAAACAACAACAACAAGAAAUAUAUAGGCACAUUUAUGGAACAAUAUAUUAACGAAUAGAUACCAAAAGAAAAUUUAAAUUUUAAAUUAUAUCUACAAAAUUACAUAUUGCAUAAUGAAUUAUAUAAAGUAAUAACAACAACAACAAAAACAAAUAAAAAAUAUUAUAAAUUAUUAUUAUUAAUAAUAUAAUUAACAUUAUAAUUAUUAUUAUUAUGAUUAUUGAAUUAAUUAAUAAUUAUUACAUAUAUCUUUAAUUACUACUAUAUUAUAAACAAAACCAAAAAAAAAAAAAAACAACAACAAAUUGAUACCAAAAACAACAACAAAAAUAUUAACAUGUAUUGCAUUUUGGUGGCAGAUGUAGCAGUAGAAAUAAUUAAUUUUUACUAGGCAAAUUACUUACUUACUUCGAAACAAAACCAAAUACGUCAAAAUAUUCUAUAUAUAUAUACAAAAAUUAAUUAAUAAACAAAUUAUAUUUAAAUUAAAUAAUUAAUAAUAACGACAAAAACAACAACAACAACUAAACAAGAAUUAUACCAAAGAUUAAAUAACAAAAUGCUUAUUCCAAUACCGAAAGAAAGAAAUAAAAUAAAAAAACAUAAGAAAUAAAUAAAUGAAACAAAAAUAUAUAAAAUAUAACACCACAAAUUAAUAAAAAAAAACACAAUCUCUCUCUCCAUUAUUUGUUUCACUUCAAUUUGGCCCAGAUCUAUGCAGCAAAUUAAAUUGAUCUCCUCUUAAGACAGUUCAAUUUAACCGAAACCGAAGUAAAAAUGCUUU